AUGUCAUUCUUUGCGAUGGCCUUGCUUGUUUUUGAUGGUGGAGUAGAUGUAAAAGCUGAAGCAAGAAAAACUUUAUCAGAAAUUGAUAAGAAAUUGAAGCUUCUCAAUAAGCCAGCAAUCAAGAGCAUUAAGAGUGAAGAUGGAGAUAUCAUUGAUUGUGUUGAUAUUUACAAACAACCAGCUUUUGACCAUCCUGCUUUAAAAAAUCAUACAAUUCAGAUGAGACCAAACACUAUUUUUGCCUCCGAGACUUCAACUACUGAACACGAGUCAUCUCCAGCAAUGUUAACUCAAACUUGGCAAAAGAGUGGAAGCUGUCCAAAAGGAACAGUAGCCAUUCGCAGAGUUAAGAGGAAAGAGUUAUUAAAUGCUGAUUCCCUCGAGCACUUUGGAAGGGACGGUCCACGGACUUCCUUUGCUGUAAACACAACAAAUGACAAAAGUAAUUUUUUUGGAAGCUUUCCCGCACCCGAACACUCGUAUGCAAAUCUCUAUGCAACGGAAAAUAAUUACAUCGGUGCUAGAGGAGACAUAAAUCUUUGGGAUCCUCUAGUUGAAUCCUACAACGAAAUCAGUAGUGCUCAAAUUUCGCUUAAAAGCGGCUUUGUUGAGAAUUUUGAAAGUAUCGAAGCAGGCUGGAUGGUCUACCCAAAUUUAUUUAAUGCUGAUGGUCAACCUCGAUUAUUUAUACGUUGGACAUUGGAUGGAUACCGACGUACAGGUUGCAUUAACCUCAAUUGUGCUGGGUUUGUUCAAACUAGCUCAGUUAUCGCAUUAGGUUCUACAUUUUCGAAUGUAUCAACGCUGCACGGACCCCAAUUUCAGAUCAAUAUCCGCAUUGACCAUGAUCCAAGUACCAACCAUUGGUGGCUACAUUAUUAUAACGAGGUAGUAGGUUAUUGGCCAGCAGAAAUUCUGUGCUAUUUGAAGGAGAAAGCCGCAAUAGUAGCAUGGGGAGGAGAUGUUUAUAGCAAAAAUGUGAAGCCAGGCCAUCCCUCUCACACUACAGCCUACAUGGGGAGUGGGGAAGCUGCAUCUGAACUUUUUGGUAGAGCAAAUUUUAUUACAAAUAUUAGGAUCAUUGAUUAUUCCCUCCAGCUGAAGUACCCUGAUCCGGCAUUCUUUGUUGUUGAUGAGCCCAAUUGCUACUCUGCUUUGAUUUACAAAGCGCAUCCUAAAAGUGAGCCCUAUUUUUACUUUGGAGGGCAUCCUGACAACAAUUGUAAAUCGCUUUGUCUUGUAAGAGGGAAGUUCCACUCUACUCUUCUGGAACCGUGGGUUGACCUUGAUUUUUCAAGUUUCUGCAACUGGGUUUUCUUUUUUGGAGUUCAGUUUGGGUUCUUGGCUGUUGAGAAAUCAGCCAAUUUCUGA